UAGUGGUUGCGUUUAGGUGCAGGACUGAUGCUGGCUGUCAGUUUGUGCACUUGCUGGCUGCAGGUUUGAGAACAAAAGUUUGCAUUGUAGAAGCCUUGAGCUGACGUCACUUCUCUUGAGUUGCUUGGAGUGAGACGGAGGAGAGAAGAAGAAGAAGAAGAGUCUCUUCAAUCUGCGAUUAGAGACCAACACGUUCAGUCACUCUCACACCCGGACUCAAUUAACUCACCAGUUCUCUCCAUUCAGCUCCUUCGACAUCCCUCAAACUGCGCAAAACUGGGAAGUAAAUUAAUACAGUUUUUUUUGUCCAUUUCGCUUUUUUAAAUGAAAACACCGAUUUUCAACGACAAGGUGCAGAGCAGUGAUGUCACAGAACUGAGGAUAGUCUCACACAAUAUGGAGUCUGGAGAGCGGAUGGCCUCCCCCUCUUCAGCACCGUCCUCCCUUCACAUGGCCUCCUCUUCAGCCAGCUCCUCCCCUGCUCCACCCCAGACACCCUCCACCAAAUGCUGCACAGCCCCUAAGCCUGCAGGCAGUUCCCCUCUCACCACCUGUGGCCAUUUGCUACAGAUGACGGGGAAUGAAUGUUUAAAUACAUCUGGUAGCUCCAGCGGUUUUCCCUUACUCAGCCAUCCAGCUUUUGGGGUCUACACAUCAACUUCAGGCCGGUCUGAGUUUGGAGGCCUUGGUAGUCUGGGUUUGUCUGCCUUGGCUGCUCACCCCCAGUUUGGUACAUUUCCAGACUGGUGGCGGCCAUCUGAAGCACAUACCAGAGGAGCUGCAGCAUUCUUCCCUCCUCUUCUGGGUCUUCAUCCUGUAUUUGCAUCAACCUUCAAGAACUGUGAUCCCGCUCACUUACAGUCCCGUACCUCAGUUUCUGUAGGCGUGAAUGGAACAGUGAAUGGUAGGAGUGCUUCCUCUCCUACUGGGAACUCUGCUGUGAACACCAGUUCAUUUCCAGCAACGGGAAACAAGGACAAAACUAAAGCCAACAGCCGGAGUCAAAAGAGCAGUCCAGACCUAGGCCGACUACACCAGAAGACUGUUCUGAAAACGAAAGAAAAGAAACCCAGCAAAAGACCACAAGAGACCUCAAGCAUGAGUGGCAGCCAGUCAGGAUCCUUGUCAGAUAGCUCCAGUGAUGGUGAGGAGAGCAGCAGUGAUCCUGAUGACAUGGAGGAUGAGGAAGAGGAGGACAACGAUGAAGAUGAGGAUGAUCAGAGCAAUGACAGUGAAGACUCUGAUUCAGAGAGUCAAGUUAAAUGGAAAGUCAAGCGGCUGACACAGAACACUUCUGAGAGUAAAAAGAAUAGACCUUGCACUGCUGAUGGAAAUACAACUCAAGACAGUCAUCGUGAUAGUGUUCCUUUGACUUCCUCGUACCGCCUCCAGUCCUCUUCUCAUCCUGCUGGCCGUCCUCAAUCCACAACACAGUUCCUCCAGAGCUCCAGGGCUGCAGAGGAGGAAGGCCAGCAACACAUCAGUGUCAUCCAGGCCACAGGGCUGGCAGCCAGCAACAGUCCCUUAGCACAGUCCCACAGGGAGGCUUCUCCUCUGCCCUCCUCACCCAACCCCAUAUCCUUCUCCAACUCACCCAAACACUUGCCUCCUUCCACUUCACCAAAGCACUUCUCUCAUUCAUCCUCACCAAAGCAUAGCUCUGUCUCUUCUUCUCCAAAACCUCUUGCUCUCUGUUCCCCUGCAAAACUCCUUUCUUUGGGUUCCUCUCCUAAAUCCUCAUCUCUUUCUUCUCCCAAACCUCUCUGUCUCUCUUCUUUACCCAAACCACCAACACUGUUAGCCUCAAAAAAGCCCUCAGAUAAACAAAACAUUUUGAUGCGCUCUCCCAAACAUACACAGCCUGUUGAUAGCCUGAAGGAGAGCAGUGGAAGCCUCCCGGAUGAAAUCUCAUUACACUUCAACAGUUUUAAACUGAAACAGCCCCUCCAUUCCAAGGACUCUUUCAAGCAGACUUUCUCUCUGCAACCUUCGAGCCAGAACUGCAAUGACACCAAUCUGUUCCUGAACCAUCGCCCUAAUGGAGCGAUCCACAGCGAAGUUCAGGAUGCCCCUUUGGCUCUUAUCACUAAGCCCCGCAGCCAGAGCAGCACUCCCAACAGCAAGCCACUUCUGGCAGCUACCAGCCCUUCCUACCCGAUGCCCAUCAACUUGAGCACUGGCACCAAGGAACCAUCAGGCAGCUCUGCUUCCCCACUUAAAUCUUCUGCCUCAUCAGGGCUUGCUCACGGAGCAAGGAAGACCAAAACUUCCAAAUCUCUGCAUGCAGGAAAGAGCCUCCCUAAAACCAACCCAUCCUGUCUGCCUGUAGACUUGGUCAGAGGGAGUGAGUCUGAUAUCCACAGCAGCAAGGACUCAGACUCAGACUCUUUAGGAGACGACUUCGAUGAUGAAGAUGAUGAUGAUGAUGAAGAUGAUGAUGAUGAUGAUGAUGAUGACGAUGAAGAUGAUAUUGAGGAUGAAGAUUCUGGUAGUAGCCUGUCAGAGUCAGAGAGCAAUCUGGAGAGCGACUCUGAUGGCUCUGAAGAUGACAUGAAAGAGCGCGGUGAGACAGAAGCAGAUAGUGAUGCAGAAAGGACUCCUCCGAAAGCAGCUCAAGCAAAGUUGUCUACUCACAAGUCCUACUCGAACCUCUCAGCCAACCUGCUUAACCUGCAGAUCAUCAAACCUCCUAGUUUACCUAAUAAUCUACUCACCCCCACCACACUGACCAGCGCAGGGGCAUUGAGUAGCCACAGCACCCCAUCCCCGUCCCUAACAUUUGCCACACUGCCAGGAUCAGGAAGGAGGAGAAGAGUGACAGAUGAGAGAGUUCUACGAUUGCCUCUUGAGUUUGGGUGGCAGAGAGAGACCCGGAUCAGGACUGUGGCAGGUCGUCUGCAAGGGGAGGUGGCUUACUUUGCCCCAUGUGGGAAGAAGCUACGUCAGUAUCCAGAUGUAAUGAAGUACUUACUGCGGAAUGGAAUAACUGAAAUCUCUCGGGAUAACUUCAGCUUUAGUACAAAAAUUAAAGUCGGUGACUUCUAUGAAGCCAGAGAAGGACCAGAGGGUUUACAGUGGUUCUUGCUGGCUGAUGAGGAGAUCACUCCUUGUAUCAUAGCAAUGGAUGGGAGGCGCAGCCGCCGCUUGAAGUCUGAGCACCAGCCCACUGGUGAUAUUACUGGGGCCCGACAAUUGAAGGCUCAUCCUCUAAAUGUUGGUGAAAAUAACUUUCAAGAUGUCAGUAAUGCCAAGCUGCUACGCAAACUGGAAGCUCAAGAAAUAGCUCGACAGGCCGCUCAGAUCAAAUUGAUGAGAAAACUAGAGAAGCAGGCCAUGGCGCAAGCAGCCAAGGAGGCAAAGAAGCAACAAGCAAUAAUGGCUGCUGAGGAGAGGCGGAAAAAGAGAGAGCAGAUGAAGAUUCUUAAACAGCAAGAGAAGAUCAAGCGCAUUCAGCAAAUUCGUAUGGAGAAAGAACUCCGUGCACAGCAAAUUCUCGAGGCUAAAAGAAAGAAAAAAGAAGAAGCGGCCAAUGCCAGAAUAUUGGAGGCUGAGAAACGAAACAAGGAGAAGGAGAUGCGAAGACUGCAAGCUGUGAUACUGAAGCACCAGGAAUUGGAGAGGCAUAGACUAGAUAUGGUAUGGGAGAGGGAGAGACGCAGGCAGCACAUGAUGCUCAUGAAGGCUGUGGAAACCCGUAAGAAAGCAGAGGAGAAAGAGCGUCUGAAGAAAGAGAAGAAGGAUGAGAAACGGUUAAACAAGGAGAGGAAACUAGAGCUCAGAAGACUGGAACUGGAAAAAGCGAAGGAGCUGAAGAAGCCAAAUGAAGACAUGUGUUUAGCAGAUCAUAAGCGGCUUCCAGAGUUGUCACGUAUCCCUGGUCUGGUCUUACCAGGAAGCACCUUCUCUGACUGCCUGAUGGUGCUGCAGUUUCUGCGCAGCUUUGGAAAGGUCCUGGGAUUAGACAUGAAUUUAAACAUCCUCAACCUAAGUGACCUUCAAGAGGGGUUACUCAACAUCGGCGACAGUAUGGGCAAGGUGCAGGACCUGCUGGUGAGCAUGGUCUCUGCAGCUGUGUGUGAUCCUGGUAUACCUGCAGGUCACAAGAUCAAAACCAGCUUGGGGGACCACUUGACUAAUGUGGAGAUCAACCAAGACAAUGUGUCUGAGAUCCUGCAGAUCUACAUGGAGGGCCAUUGUGAGCAGACAGAGCUGGCUGCUCUGGCCCUUAGCCUCAGGACUAAGGCUUUUCAAGCCCACAGUCCAUCUCAAAAGGCCUCCAUGCUUGCAUUCUUGGUUAAUGAGCUCUGCUGCAGUAAAGCUGUGACCAGUGAGAUCGACAAAAACAUAGAUCACAUGACCUACCUGCGGAAGGAUAAGUGGGUUGUUGAGGGAAAACUUCGCAAACUGAGGAGCAUCCAUGCCAAGAGGACAGGGAAGAGAGACAGCAGUGUGGGAGGGGAGGACAGCCACACCUGUGUCAUCCCCACUGCCAGGAGCAAAUGCAAGCGGAAAGAAGGGGACAGUGAGGAAGAGGACGACGAGGAUGACGACAGUGAGGACCAAGGAGAUGAUGAUGAGGAGGAGGAAGAGGAUUCAGGGGGAAAGAAAGGGAAGAAAGCGGAGAUAUGUGAAGAGGAGGACGACAGUGUACACUCAGCCAGCGUGGAAGAGCUGGAGAAACAGAUUGAGAAAACAUAUAAGCAACAGAGUCAGAUCAGACAGAAGCUGUUUGACUCAUCUCACUCACUGCGCUCCAUGAUGAUUGGACAGGACCGCUACAAGAGGCGUUACUGGGUCCUUCCGCAGUGUGGUGGCGUCUUUGUUGAAGGCGUGGAGAGUGGCGAAGGUUAUGAAGAGGUGGAGAAAGAGAAGGAAAGACAGGAGACUGCUCAGGUGGUCAGGAUAAAAGAGGAGCCACUGGAAGAGACAAAGAAGCCACUGGUAUCCAGCCCAGCACAGAGCACAGAUGGUGAUACAGCCACACCAGAGACCCAGCAGGACAAAGACAGUCUCAAUCUCUUCCUCCAGAAACCUGGCUCCCUAUCUAAGCUCAGCAAACUCCUUGAAGUAGCCAAAAUGGUUCGAGAUUCAGACAUCAAUUCUCACAAAAGUCAGAACAGUCAUUCUGCUAAAAUCCCUACCACUGCAUCUUAUCCCUCACAUCCCACCUCUCAGACAGCAAUAUCCCACAGUCCCCCGCCUGCAGCCCCUCACAAGGGGCUCACGGAUAAAACAGAUACUUCAGUGCCAUCUCUUCUCAGUGCCCCCCAGUUCAAAAGAAGUCCCUGGAUAACCUGCAGCCCUCAAUCUGUCCUUCAUGAUGACCAGCUCUCCAAGAUACUGAAUGACAAGAGCAACCAAUGGUUUAGUCUCUUGCCUCGCUCUCCUUGUGAUGAGUCUUCGGUCACCUCUGGCUCUAGUCCUCCAGCCUCCUCCUCUUCUCCACAGACCAUAAGCACCAAAUCCCCUUCCUCCCUCUCUCCUAAUCCCCUAGCUACAGCCAGCUACAACGCUCCUGCUGGGAUCAAUAACAUACAAUCACCUGCCCUUCAGCAAGCAAAGUCUGGCAUUCAUCAGAGCAGACUGACACUGUGUGACGUGUCCAGUGCAGCGACAAGUCCCAGCCUGCCCUUCCCUGGCACUUCUCUACCCCCCGUGCUGGAUCUGGCCUCCCAGCAUGCAGAGGGUAAUGGGAACAGGGUCCUCUUCCUGGUGAAAAACAACACUGUCAACAAGAGUGAGACCCUAGAGGCCCUGAGCGACAAGCCCCCUUGUGCCUCAUUCCCUGCUGUGGAGGUGGCCAAGACCCAGGACCACCCUAGACCUCAGCCUAUCCCCGAGGAGAUGCUGCAUGGUUGGUGGCGAGUGUCAGACAUGCAGGAACUGCACAUCCUGGUCAAGGCCCUCCAUAGUCGAGGCAUCAGAGAGAAGGUCUUGCAGAAACAGCUCCAAAAACAUAUGGAGUAUAUGACCCAGCUGUGUGCCAACAGCAAAGAUGCGAUUGAUGUGGCAGAGCUGGAGAAGCAGGAGGUGAGUGAGAAGACGGUGGAGAGUUGGUGUGUUGAGGAGCAGGCCAUGGAGGUGGACAUCAGCCUGCUGCAGCAGGUCGAGGAUCUGGAGAGGAAAGUCAUCUCUGCCAGCCUGCAGAUCAAGGGUUGGAUGCAUCCUGAGCCCCAGUCAGAAAGGGAGGAUCUGGUGUAUCAUGAGCACAAACUCCUCUCUUCUCCAGCUACGGAGAACAAGGUUCAGAGAGAAACCAGCCCUGAAAAACUUCCUGGCACUGUGGUGCGGCGGCCUAACAAUCCCCUUGAUAUAGCUGUAACUAGGCUGGCAGAGCUGGAGAGGAACAUUGAACGAAGCGAGGAGGAGGUUGCUCCUGGGAUGAGGUUGUGGCGUAAAGCGCUCGGUGAAGUCCGCAGCUCAGCUCAGCUGUCACUCUGCAUUCAACAGCUGCAGAAAUCCAUUGCCUGGGAACGGUCCAUCAUGAAAGUGCACUGCCACAUCUGUCAAAAGGGGGAUAAUGAAGAACUGCUCUUACUUUGUGAUGGCUGUGACAAAGGCUGCCACACAUACUGCCAUAAACCCAAGAUUACCACAGUACCCGAUGGUGACUGGUUUUGUCCCACUUGUGUUGCAAAGGAAAGUGGUCAUUCCCCCCGGAGCAGGAAGCAACAGAGCCGAACAGCUGGAGGAGGAAAGAAAAGCAGUGAGGUAAAACGAAAUGGUAAGCCAUCUGUGGUAGGAGAGCUCAUCAAAGAGGAGGCUGCCAGCAGCAACAGCGUGCCAAAGAAAGGUACCAAGGAGUUAAAGAAAAGGAAAAGAGACGACAGCCCAACCAGCUCCCAGGCCAAGCAUGACAGCCCUGUCUCCUGUACAAAAAAAGCCAAAAUGGCCAAAGACAACACAAAUGGGCUGGCGAUGUGCCGAGUGCUGCUGGCUGAGCUAGAGGCCCAUCAGGAUGCCUGGCCCUUUCUCACACCAGUCAACCACAAAGCUGUACCUGGAUACAGGAAAGUAAUCAAGAAGCCCAUGGACUUCUCCACCAUCAGAGAAAAACUCGCCAACAACCAGUACUUAAAUUUGGAGACUUUCAUCAUUGAUGUAAAUCUGGUUUUUGAUAACUGUGAAAAAUUCAAUGAAGAUGAUUCUGAAAUUGGACGGGCCGGACACAACAUGAGGAGAUUCUUUGACAAACGAUGGACUGAACUGCUGAUGUAAAAAAUUUCAAGUGCGGACUUCCUACUCGUCUUUCUACAUAUCAAACUUCUUCUUUGGUGUUGGAGGCCUUCUCUUCACCUAUGACACUAAAUCAGUAUAUGGUUAUAAUCACACUGAUGUUCAUUGUGAAAGGACAAACACUCUGUAUCUGCUGAGAAAAAAAAAAACACUUAAUAAAUUAGUAUCUCCAAGUGCAAUACUGUUUUCUUUAUCAAAAUGCACUGACUUUUGGACUCAAUAUUGUAUUUGGGAAUCAAAGAUUUCCACUGUAGAUAGGUCACUGACUUUUUUUUUUUUUUAUCAUCGGUACAGCAGUAUAGCUUUGUGUAUAUGUGUAUUUAUUUUUCAAGUAUUUAUGUUUCAGUCUUUUCUAAGAACAAGUCGGAAAUGGCACACAGCUUUAACAAAAUCUAAAGAUUGUUUUAUGGACUAUUGAACAAGUUAAUCGAAAAAAAAAAUGUUUACAGCAUUGUAACUAUAGUGUGCCAGCAGUACUACUGUUCAUCUGCAUUUGUGAGUUAAUUGUGUAAAAUACAAGGAGGCAUCACUGACACAUGUAUAGUGUUCAUUUCUGUCACAGUUUACACGUCUUAUCUCUAAAAUGUAUAGCGUGUACAUACAAAACAGUCUUGUUGGAUAUAUUGUCAAUGCAUAAGGAUGAUUGUAGCAUUUAAUACAGUAUAUGUCUUACACAUUGUCAGUAUGUGUCUUACACAGUGCUGAUUAUCCACUCAAACACUGUGGUCUCCUCAGUAUUGUAGUGCCUGACCUCUGACCUCUGAACACUGUAUGGAGGAGUUUGUUGGUUUUUUAAAAAUACUUUCAGUGUGUGUACUGUAUGUGUAUCCUGCACAAUAUACUGUAAGAAACCCUAACACAAAAUGUCAAAUUCUUAAGAGCUUUUCCUCUGAACUGAAUUGAUGUGGUGCAUAGUGUGUUUCAUUUCCAAGCAUUUCCUUCAACCAGAGUCUUGUCAGACAUCCUGUGGUGGACAGAUGUGAAACCUGCACUGGGCUUUAAUCCAGCUGGGAGUCAGACAGAGUCACGGUCCACUGGAGGCAUCUCAAGACAGCUCAAGUCAGAAGACUUGAAGUCGCUGUAUUUUAUUACGAAUAUUAUGAAAUGAGUAGCAACUUUUGUAGGAAUAUUAUUUUUAAAUAGUGGAUGUGUGGCACGGAUAAAAUAAACCUGUUUUUCCAAAAUAACACUA